AUGGCGGAUCCUGUAAUUGGUGCUACUGUUCAAGUUGUGCUUGAGAAAUUGCUUUCUCCCGCUAUUGAGGAGGUCAAAAGUUUAAGGAACUACAAGAAAGAUCUCAGAAUGCUGACACAAAAUGUAUCCAUGAUCCAAUUUUUCAUUCAUGAUGCUGAAAGACGACAAGUUGAGGAUCAGGCUGUUGAUAAAUGGCUGAAGAGGCUUGAGAGAGUUGCUGAAGAUGCUGAAAACCUGUUUGACGAAAUGAGAUAUGAAUCUCUCAAAGCUGAAGUGACGAAGAUCCGAAGCAACCCUAGGAAAAAGUUCGGUAAUUUCUUUUCUGAUAUAGCUUUUAAGAGCAAAAUGUCUCGAAAAAUCAACAACAUCAAUGAAGAGUUGAGGGCUAUCAAUCAGUUAGCCAAUACUCUUAGUCUCCAACCCCUAAGUGGUCCUUCUCAGCAAAUAUUACCAAUUCGAGAAACGGAUUCCAUAAUAGUUGCUUCAGAUGUUGUUGGUAGAGAGAAGGAUGUUGCCGAAAUAAAGGAUAAGAUGUUGAACAUGAGAGAGGAUAUUGUUUUGUGCACCUUUUCCAUAGUGGGUAUGGGAGGUUUAGGGAAAACAACUCUGGCUAAGAGAAUUUUCAAUGAUGAACACAUCAAGCAACAUUUUGAAAAAAGAGUUUGGUUGUGUCUACCUGAAAUGUUAGAAACUAAGAGAUUUCUUGAACUGAUCCUCGAAUCAUUGACAGAGAGGAAAACUGAGGUGCAAAGCAGGGAUAUAAUAGUAAAGAAGCUGCAAGAUGAAUUGGGAGGGAAGAAGUAUUUGCUUGUCCUAGAUGAUUUGUGGCGUGUCGAUCCUACAUUGUGGCAUGAGUUUGCGGACACCUUGAAAGGAAUAAACAUAUCCAGAGGAAACUGCAUUCUCGUGACUACUCGUAGGGAUCAGGUGGCAUCCGCAGUAGCAACACAUCUUCAUAUGUUGGGAAAAUUAGCAGAAGAUCACUGUUGGUCCAUUUUCAAACAAAGAGCAUUUGCUGAUGGGGAGGUACCAGAGGAAGUCGUGAGCUUGGGCAACAGGGUUGUUGAAAUGUGUCAAGGUCUACCGUUGGCAGCAAAUGCGUUGGGAGGCCUCUUACGCAAUAAGGGAAAACAUGAAUGGCAGGAAAUUCUUGAUGGCAACGCCCUUGUUGCAGGUGAAGGUGAUAAUGGGGAAAAUAGCUUAAAGAAAAUCCUAAAACUGAGCUAUAUUUAUCUACCAUCUCCACAUCUGAAAAAAUGUUUUGCUUACUUUGCAAUGUUUCCAAAAGAUUUUGAGUUUGAAAAGGACCAACUAAUCCAACUCUGGAUGGCAGAAGGAUUUCUUCGUCCAUGUCAAGAGACCUCUGUGAUGGAAAACGUUGGGAACAAAGUUUUUCAACUUUUGUUGCAAAAUUCCUUGCUGCAAGAUGUUAAGCUAAAUGAGCACAACGAUAUAACACACUGUAAGAUGCAUGAUCUUGUGCAUGAUUUGGCUGGAGAUGUUUUUGUUGCGGAAGCCAAAU